CAAGGCCAGAAAGUAGUUCCGGUUCCGGUGUUGGCCUUGUCGUUCUUGGUGUUCGGUUGUCGCGGUUGGUGGGUAGUAACUGAGCCAAGAUGCUGCGGAAUAUGCUGGCUCUUCGUCAGAUUGCCCAGAGGACCAUAAGUACUGCUUCACGCAGGCAGUUUGAAAAUAAAGUUCCAGAGAAGCAAAAGCUAUUUCAGGAGGAUAAUGGGAUUCCAGUGCAUCUAAAGGGCGGAGUAGCUGAUGCCCUCCUGUAUAGAGCCACUAUGAUUCUUACAGUUGGUGGAACAGCGUAUGCCAUAUAUCUGCUAGCUAUGGCUUCAUUCCCCAAGAAGCAAGACUGACUUCAGUUUAUUUUCUCAGCAGGCAGUUGGUUCCGUGUCAUUCAGCUCUCUGGACCAAUAAUUGAUAAAUAACUGAGUUCUUCUUUGGGAUCAAUAUUUAUUGACUUAUACUAACUGCCACCAAUAAAGCAGUCUUUACCAUG